AUGCGUGACGACGGCGACAGCGAGAGGUACCCAUACCUCUCGUCUCUCAAUGCUGCACAGCUACGGGCGGUGACCGCACCUCCUGGUACACCACUCCAGAUCCUCGCUGGACCGGGCUCUGGCAAGACCCGUGUGCUCACCUCCCGCGUUGCGCAUCUUGUCAAGAAGCACAAGUACAAGCCAUACGAGAUCACCGCCGUGACGUUUACGAACAAGGCGGCAAAUGAGAUGCGCAAGCGUCUCAAGGUGCUGUUGGGCGAGAAGGAGGCUGGCCAGUUGGUGCUUGGUACCUUCCACGCAACGUGUGCGCGAUAUCUGCGCCGUCAUGGCUCGCGCAUCGAUCUCGACAACAACUUUGCCAUUUCUGACGCCGAUGACUGCAAGAAGAUCAUGUCACGCCUCCUGAAGGCCCGGGCAGAGGAGCUCGCACAAGCCCACAUCAGCUUGAAAGAAGGCGUAGUGCUCAACGACAUCUCCAAAGCCAAGGCCAAGGGCGAGUCGCCUGAAGGCAUGGCUGUGCGCGCCGCGAAACAAGAGGUCGGCUCAAACGUUCUAGCAGUUAUUGCCCAGCUGUACAAAGAGUACGAACUCGCACUCCGCGACGCUGGCGCUCUCGACUUUGACGACCUCCUUGUGUUUGGUCUGCGCCUUUUCAAGGAGCACCCAGACAUUCUCGUCAAGUGUCUGCACAUUCUGGUCGAUGAGUUCCAGGAUACCAACACGACGCAGUACGAGCUCAUGAAGUGCUUUGCCAGGGCGAAUGGUGGCGUUAGCGUUGUCGGCGACCCAGACCAGUCGAUUUACGGCUGGCGCUCCGCUGAGAUUGAGAACCUCGACAACAUGAAGAGGGAUUUCAAAGGUGUCGACGCCAUUUACCUCGAGCACAACUAUCGCUCGACCGGCGCCAUCCUCGCCGCCUCCCACUCAAUUGUUUCUCAAGAUGCCAAGCGUAUUCCAAAGAACCUCUACACCUCUCACCCGAAGAGCACCCCCGCCAUUCUCAAGCAGUUUGCCACUCCCGUCAUCGAAGCGAGCUUCAUCUCGACCGAAAUCAAACGCCUCAUAGCGUACUCUGGGGGCCUCCUGAACUAUGACGACUUCUCCAUCCUCCUUCGCUACAAUGCCCUCUCCCGCGUGAUCGAGUCUGCGCUCCAGAAGGACGGAAUCCCGAACCGCAUUAUCGGCGGACACAAGUUCUUUGAGCGUAUGGAGAUCAAGGACCUGUUGGCAUACCUUCAGCUCGCGGACAAUCCAAACUUUACUGCAAGUGGCCGACUCUUGAGCUGA